AUGCGCAGCAAACGUGCGCCGGCGUCGCAUGUGUCUUCCCUCGCCUCUUCCUUUGACCUGCACCCGCUCCACACGCGGGAGGAAGCGGAUAUUACUUCGACCUUGACACCCGCCGCGGAGGAGAUGCGACGGCUCUCGGUUGUCGUGUUUGGGGCGCGUGUCGCCCCCUUUGCGACGACGGCAGUGGCGCUGCUGCCGGCGAAGGGCGGCGGCGGCAGCGGGAGCGGGAGCGGCCUCACCGACGAGGAGCAGCGGGAGCUGGAGGAGGAGGAGUUCCGCGUCAUGGACGCGGAACGCGAGGAGGCCGAGCUUCUCCCAUUCGCCUACCGACUCGCCGCAAAGGCGGAUGCGUUGGACGCGGAGCUGCGCCGUCUGUCGUACGUCCUCUUUGAGAAGCCGCAGCUUGUCCUGGACACGCGGGCGGCGACGCUCACGGGGCGUCCCGCGAACGUUGUAGCCGUGAUGCGGCGGUACCACGCGGACGGGACGCAUGGCGGUUGUCCCGCUGGAUGGGUAAAGCCCUCGGGCUCCUCCUCACCGUUAGUUCAGGCAGUUAAAGUGGCGUGCUCGGCUGUCCAGCGUCUGUGCGGCCGCGCCAAGCAGCAGCGGCAGCAGCCAGGGCGAUUGGAUCAACUCGUGACGCUGACGGAGGACCUGGACUACAUUCGCCGGAUGAAGCGGCUCCACGCGCUGAACUUCUACAGUCGGAUGAACUUAACACCAAAGCGGCACAUCUGGCUCUCGCUCUACGCGAUGCUGUGGAAUGUGGUGGUUGCGGUGCAGAAUGCGGUUGGGUGUGUCCUGUUUGGGGCGAUGCGCGGGGUGCGUGACCACGGCGUCUGCGUUGGAGCUGUCAAGGGAGCCACCUUGGGCCUGUUUCGCGCCACGCAGUUCCUCGCGUACGGGCUUGUCGUCUCGCCAUGUAUUCAUCUCCCGUGUGGGGUCCGCAACAGCGUCUACGGUGCGUGGAAUGCCGUGGCGGGGACGCUCUUUUUCGAGGUGAGUGCCGGCCGGUGGCAGUACUGCACCGCCCUGGACUCCGCGUGGCUGCGUCACGAUAUUCAGCUGGAGCAGCGCGCCAUCCGGGGCGUGGGGCGUCUGGAGUUUCGCCGCAAAAACAUGCGGCCGGAGGAGCGGUGGCAGCAGCGGCUCGCCUCCAUGGGAUUCUCCUUCGACAAGCUAAACCAGACGAUGCGGCGGAUGGGCGGUGGCCAGCGUCAAGCCUCCGCGGCGGCGGGGGAGGGGGAGGACCCGUACGAGGUGCUCCAGGUGAAGCGCUCCGCCACACAGGCGCAGAUCAAGGCACAGUACAAGAAUCUGGCGAAGGUGUUUCACCCAGACGUGGUGCAAAGCCGUCAUGGGGGGGCGUUGAGUGAGCAGGAGCGACGGGAGGUGCAGCGGAAGUUUGAAGACAUCUCGCAGGCGUAUCAAGUUUUAUCAAACCCUGAGAAGCGCAAGUCCUUUGACCUCGGCGGGGCCCAGGCACUGCGCCUACACGAAAGCAAAAUGGGACGCUUCAUGUCACGCACCCCGGAGGAAAUGAUUCAGAGCGUCUUUGGUGGGGAGCCUUUCCGUGAAAAGAUACUUGGCGCCCUGCUGCGGUCCCAUUGGCAUCUGCGGAACGAGGCACAGGUCAGUGUUUCCUUGCACGAGUUUGAGGAGCUGCAGUGUCUGCGCUGCCGCGAGCUCACGGUGGAGCUGGCGCGGAUCCUUGACGUACACGCCAAGGCGCCACCGGCGCGAGGGAAGAGCCAGCAACGUGCGACACAUGGCCGGACGGAGGUGCUACAUAGCAUGAUGAGUGAGCUAGGCGGCACUGCGCCAAGGCUUAAAUCGCCCUCGUCCUCGCAGCGGCCUGCCGCAACCACGGCGGCGGAGUCCCCGUUCACGCUAACUCCCGGAAGCAACGAGGAUAACUGUUUCUCACGGGAUUUCGAGGAGCGUUGCGAGCGAUUCACGCGACGCUUGUCCGAGGCGUGUUUUGGCCGGGAGCUGAUGCAUGCGGUAGGGCAGUCCUACGUCAUCUCCAGCCAGCGUUUCCUGCGGAUCCGCCCCUUCUACGCCCCCAAGCUUCACGUGUACAAGAGUAUUUUCUCUGGGGUUGACCGUGUCUACGCGGCGUUUCGGGAGAAGAUUGAUGAUCGUGCCAAGAACAACCAUGAGUGGCUUGCGCAGAAGGUGAUGAUUGAGUACUUUAGUAUGGAGUUUGACGCCGUGGUGGCUGACGUGAGCGUCAUUCUUCGCUACGCCGCCCAGAACGUCCUGCAGGACGUCACCUUGAGCGAGGAGCAGCGGCGGCGGCGGUGCUACGCGCUUUGGUACCUGGGGGAGCAGAUGGUGCGCAAGGGGGUCCCGUGGGUCGCCAUGUCGCGCGACGAUGCCGAGUUAAUGGCGUACCUGCAGCAGGCCGCCAACUCUGCCUCCACGACAAGUAAACCGGGGCCGUUUUGA